AUGCCGGACUACAAAGGCGUCUUAAAAAGUGCCGGCGAAAGGGGAUCUGCCCUCAAAGGCCAGGUGAAAAGCAAAAUUGGCCGCGGCGAAGAUAACACCACCCGCUACGAAAACCACACCUCCACCCCCCUCGCCUCACUCCGCGACCCAGCCAGCUUCGCCCCCCCACCAAAACGUAACCCCAACGCAGUCAUCGGUGUCCCCAGUCCAACCACCAGUACUGGUACCGCCGGCCCGCCCAUCCCCUCACGCCCCGGAACCUUCGCCGAACAAUCGGCCCUCGAAGAACAAGAACCCACAGCACCCCCCAAACCCUGGCGUCUCGACACCACCGGUCUGUCUACUUCCCACUUACCCCCUCCCCCAGGCCGUAAGGACGGCGCCAACACCCGCUCACCGCCUCCUGUCCCACCGAACAACACCACGCACCGUCCCGGCCCGCCAAGUCUCCCACCCCGUUUGCCACCUCGAUCUUCAAACCCGUCUUCGCCAGCUACAGGCACGCCAUCGCCACCACCACCGUACUCGUCCCCUACUGCAGGCCCAGCCCUUCCGACACGGCAUAAACCACAGCCAUCUCCUACCUCGGGACCACUAUCACCGGCUACGUCUGGGUCGUCUUCUCCUCACCUCAACCAAUCAGCCAUCUCCCGUCUCAGCGCAGCUGGUGUGUCCGUUCCCGGGUUAGGUAUCGGGCGCGGGAAUACUACUACUACUACGAGUGAUGGAGGCCGCGGGGCCGGUACGGCACCGGCGCUGGAGGAUGUGAGGGCCGCGGCUGACGCGGUGAAUGCGGCAGAUGGGUUUCGGCGGAAGCAUGGAGAGCAGGUUGGGGCAGGGGUGAAGGCUUUAGGGGAGUUGCAGGGGCGGUUUGGCGGAGGGGGUGAUGGGAAUGGGACUAGUGUUGGGAGUGGGCAUGGGAGUGGAAGUGGUAUUGCGGGGGGUAUUGGGAAUCUUGCGGCUGUGGCAGGGAAGAAGAAGCCGCCUCCGCCUCCACCGCCGAAGAAGAAGCCCGGUUUGGGUGGUGGUAGUCGUGGGGAUGGUGGACAAGAGCAUGAUGAGCCUCCGCCUAUUCCUAUGGCUACGCGGCCACAGUUCUGA